AUGGCGCCAGUUACGAAGAAGAGCAAAGAAACAGAGCCAUCAAAAGCAAUAAAAAUACCGAAGAAGAAGGUGGUUGGUAAAGAUAAUCCAACUAUCGCACGAUCGCCGCAAACCUCAAUGACUGAUUUCUUCGGCAAGUUCGCUCUUCAACGGUUAAACCUCAGACGAGGCGAAAUAUUUGUGAAUUUGUUGUUGGAAAUGGGUGAAACCAGUGGGUACGGCUCGAUCGAUUUUUGGCAAAACAUUGCGAUUGAAUUGCGAAACAUUGCGAUGACUGAAUGGUUGUGGUAA